GCCGCCGCCUCCUCCAUGGCUCCCCCGCCGCAGGGCGCUGCGGGCGGAAGGCGGCGGGAAGCUCCGCCCGCCGGGUUUGCCGUUCCGGGGCGCGGGCGGCCGUCGGCGGAGGGCAGAAUGGGGUUCACGGUGGAGAGCCUGAGGGAGGCCAUGAAGUACAUGGUGGAGUCGCAGGGCUUCGACCGGGUGCUCCGCAAGAUGAAACUUCUGUCUGCAACUCCUGGAAAAAUUGUUUGUGAAAUGAAAGUAGAGGAGGAGCAUACAAACAGAGGUGGCACGUUACAUGGAGGCUUGACAGCCACACUUGUGGAUGUGGUGUCAACAGCAGCGUUGCUGAACACAGAAAGAGCAGUGCCUGGGGUCAGUGUGGACAUGAACAUCACAUACACUUCUGCUGCAAAGAUUGGAGAAGAGAUACUGAUUACAGCUCAGAUUUUGAAGCAAGGAAGAAAUAUUGCAUUUGCCAGUGUGGAUUUAACAAAUAAGGCAACAGGAAAGUUAAUUGCACAAGGUAGACAUACAAAGUAUCUAGGAAAUUAAGAAAGUAAUUUUAAAAAUAAUAAUGUUGGGCUUAAGAAUCCUAUAUAGAAUGAUUUUCUCAUUUAUGCAAUAAGACAUCAUCUGCACAAAGUUGUGAUAGUCUAUAUAAAGUGAAUUUAUCUCACUCCCAUAAUAAACGAAUUUCUUAAUUACCACCAAAAUUGCUACAAGCCUAAAAUUAGUGCCUAUUUUGGGAUGAACAACAUGAUAGCAUGGGGAUGCAUCUGGCUUUUUUUGGUCAAGAUAGCAGAAGGGAAGAGCCUUUGUACAAGCCAUAUGGUUUACCAGCAUGUCAGUGUUCUAAGAGAUCUCUGUUUUCUUUGCCUGUGGUGUCGUCAUGUGACAAAGCAACCCUGUCUUCAGGCCUGUCACAGUCACAUUCAAACAACACUAUACACGCUCACAAACUAAACUGCUUGUUCUGUAAGAUGGUCAUACAGACUUCCUAUAACAUAGCGUGAAACUGGUUUGAAAGCGUAAAGCAGGCUAAUACAAAAUGUGAUUUACUGUAACAUUCAAAAGUAUUCAAUAAAGUUUUCUGAAACUA